AUGGGAUCCUCAGCCAAUUCACCCUUGAUCCUGCACACCCAGACAAAUCCAUCUGAAAAGGUGGCAACUAAGUGGGGACAUUAUGUGAUGCCACGUAGCCCUGAAUAUAAGCAAGAAGGAACACCAUUGUGCUUGCUCACUGUGAAAGUUGUCAGGAUGAGAAAUCUCCGUAAGGCAGAUUGUUUGAGCCAAACUGAUUGUUAUGUGUGCCUGUGGCUACCAACAGCUUCUGCUGAGGAAGCCCGGACUAGAACUAUCUUUAACUGCAAAAACCCUAUCUGGAAUGAGACUUUCUACUUCAUAGUACAAAGACAAGUCAAGAACAUCCUGGAGCUGAAAAUUUGUGAUGAAGAUACAGUCACCCCAGAUGACCACCUCUUCACUGUUCGUUUUGACAUAGCUAAUAUCCAGCUUGGAGGAAAAGUGUGCCUGAACUUUGAGUUGAAUCCAAAGACCCAGGAAGAGCUGGAAGUGGAGUUUGCACUGGAAAAUAUUUCAGCUGUUCCUGAAAACACUGUUACUAAUGGAGUAUUAGUGUCUCGAGAAGUUUGCUGUCUAGAAGUACAGGUGGAUGAAGGAAAAAAGGAGACGGAUCAUAGAAAGAGAGAUUUCACGUUCACAGUGGAAGGAUCCUAUGAAGGAACGAAGAAAGUUUCAUUAGACUCUAGCAGCCCUGCUCUGCUAGAUGCUGCCAUAUUCCACUAUGUGAAGUACAGUCGAUCAAAAUUGGAUAUUACUCUGCCAAAGAAGAGAUUUUUCUGUGAUUAUAGGACAGAUGAAAGGGAAACGGAUAUAAAAGGUCCCCUGACUGUGCAUCUGAAUUCACUUAACCUGGGAGAGAAAGUAACAGUAGUGCAGAACAAAACAUAUGGGGUUUAUGUGAAAGCAGAAGAGUGUCACAAGGACCUGGAUGUGCGCUUGGGGUUUGACCUGUGUGCAGAGGAACAGGAUUUCAUUUGUAAAAGGAAGAAAGUGGUUGCUGCUGCUUUGAAAAACGUUCUGCAACUUGAGGAAGAUCUGCAGGAUGAUGAGGUACCAGUGGUGGCAAUCAUGACAACAGCAGGUGGAGUGCGAUCCAUGACAGCUAUGUUUGGAAGCCUUUUGGCUCUUCAGAAGUUGGAUAUCUUAGACUGUAUUUCAUAUAUUGCUGGUUUAUCUGGCACAACAUGGACCAUGACAAGGUUAUAUGAAGAUGCAUUUUGGUCACAGAAGGAUCUGGAGGGGCCAAUCAAUGAUGCUCGGAAGCAUGUGAUGAAAAGUAAGCUGGACUGUUUCUCUUUGGAUUGCCUGAAAUACUAUGAAAAGGAGCUGUGCCAGCGACACAAAGAGGGUCACAAAACAACUUUUACAGAUCUGUGGGGACUCCUCAUUGAAUCCAUGUUUCGUGGUGAGGAAAAUCCUCACAAACUCUCAGACCAGCGACAAGCGGUUAAUCAGGGUCAGAACCCCCUACCGGUCUACGUGGCCCUCAAUGUCAAGGACAACUUUAGUACCCUAGAUUUUAAAGAAUGGGUGGAAUUCACUCCCUAUGAGGUGGGAUUCCCAAAAUAUGGAGCCUUUAUUCGUACAGAAGAUUUUGGUAGCGAGUUCUUCAUGGGUCAUUUGAUGAAGAAAAUUCCAGAAUCCCGGAUCUGCUUUGUGGAAGGCAUGUGGAGUAAUAUAUUUUCACAGAGUGUUCUGGAUGCCUUGUACUUCUCAGGUUGUUCAGAGGAUUUCUGGCAUCGGUGGACCCGAAACAAAAUGCAUGAAAUUGAGGAGCGGCCUAUUCUACCUACAAGACCAGGUGAUAAAACUUGCCUAUUCUUCCCCAGCAGCUGCCUUUCUGAGGCUCUUCAAGACAUCAUAACACACCGUCCAGUGAUUUCACAUUAUCACAAUUUCUUAAAGGGUUUGCAGAUGCAUGAUAGAUACUUGGAGAAAGACAGGUUUUGCAUGUGGAAAGACACUGUGUUAGAUUCUUCCCCGAAUGAACUGAAUGAAAGAGCAGACUACCUGGAGAUGACAGACACUGCUUUCUUCAUCAAUACUAGCUGCCCACCACUUUUAAGGCCAGAGAGGACAGUGGAUGUUAUCCUUCACUUAAACUACAGUGGGGGACUGCAGACAUUGCCUCUGGACCAGGCCGCAAAAUACUAUGCCGAGCAAGGAAUUCCAUUUCCCAGAACUGUGCUGAGCGAGGAAGAUAGGAAACAUCUAAAGGAGUGCUACCUCUUUGAAGAUGCUGAGAGCUCACGGGCUCCUAUAUUGCUUUAUUUCCCACUAGUGUGUGAUACCUUCCAAAAAUACAAGGCACCUGGUGUGGAACGCAGUCCUACAGAGAUGAAACAAGGCCAACUUAAUGUUUCUAGCACUGCGUUUACCCCAUAUGCUACUUGCAUGCUCACAUACACAGAGGAGAAUUACAACAAGCUGCUGAAUCUGACCAGCUAUAACAUCCUAAAUAAUAAACAUUUGAUUCUUCAGGCCUUGCGUACAGCAGUGGAACGCAGGAAAAACUUGAAAAAACAUUCAUCUUCCUAA